AUUUCCUUCAUAUUCUCCCCAUCACAACAUAAUUUAUUCUCACCAUGGGCCAAGAAGCUCCUACUAUCCUUGCUACACCUCAGAACAACGUUCUCACCACAAACAAUGGAAAUCCCGUGGAUGAUAACCAAAACUCAAUGACUGCCGGCGAGUUCGGCCCCGUGCUUAUUCAAGAUUUUCAUCUUAUCGACAAGCUUGCACGCUUUGACCGUGAACGUAUUCCUGAGCGUGUUGUUCAUGCCAAAGGCUCUGGAGCCCAUGGUUUCUUUGAGGUGACAGCGGAUCUGUCUCAGCUCACCUGUGCAAAAUUCCUGGAAAAACCCGGAAUCAAGACUCCAGUCUUUGCACGCUUCUCUACUGUUGGAGGUGAGAAGGGAACUAGCGACUCUCUUCGUGAUCCUCGUGGCUUCGCUCUGAAGUUCUAUACCGAAGAGGGUAACUGGGAUAUGGUUGGCAAUAACACCCCUGUCUUCUUCAUCCGUGAUCCUCUCAAGUUCCCUGACUUUAUCCACACUCAGAAACGCAACCCUCAGACGAACUUGAAGGAUCCUGAUGCUUAUUGGGACUUUUUAUCACUUACACCAGAGUCACUUCAUCAGGUCACAAUCCUGUUUUCAAACCGUGGUACGCCUUAUUCGUUCCGUCACAUGAAUGGAUAUUCAUCUCAUACACUUAAGCUCGUUAAUUCUCAAGGAAUUGCACAUCUUGUCAAGUGGCAUUUCAAGACCGAUCAAGGCAUCAGGAACCAUACCGCAGAGGAGGCAAAGAAACUCGAUACCGAGAAUCCCGAUAGCAAUACCGAGGAUUUGUUCGAGUCUAUUGAAAAGGGCGAUUUCCCCUCUUGGACUGUCUAUCUACAAGCCAUGAAGGAAGAAGAUGCCGCCAAGUAUAGAUGGAAUGUCUUUGAUGUCACCAAAGUUUGGCCCCACUCUGACUAUCCUCUCCAGAAGAUUGGAAAGCUGACCUUGAACCGUAACCCAAAGAAUUAUUUUGCAGAGGUGGAGCAAGCAGCUUUCUCGCCUUCACACAUGGUUCCUGGCAUUGAUGUUACAAACGACAAGAUGCUACAGGGGCGUCUGUUUUCGUACCCAGAUACACAUCGUCACCGUCUCGGCACCAACUAUCUGCAACUACCCAUCAAUCAGCCCUACAGAACCAUCGUUGCUAAUUAUCAACGUGAUGGACCUAUGAAUUUUUCAGAGAACUUUAACAAUGCACCCAACUAUGAGCCUCAGUCCCGAGAUCCAAAGGGGCCUGCGCAACAGGAUCAUGACAUUCGUGUGAGGCCAUCCUCUGUACAGUUAUAUGGAGCUACGGGCCGUUACCCUUUCCGAAAGAGCGACGAUGACUUUGUUCAGCCUGGUAACUUGUACCGUCUAUUGAAGGGUAAAGAACAGGAUGACCUUGUGGGUAAUCUUAUCGAUCAUAUGAGUAAGGUCAAGAAUCUUGAGAUUAUCAAGCGCCAGAUUGCAUUGUUCAAUAAGGCAGAUCCCACUUGGGGCGUUCGUGUUGAAGAAGGUCUCAAGGCACGCGGCAAGAAAUUGUAAAUAAAAAAGGGGGUAGCCCUUUUUUUUGUGUGUGUGUGUGUACAUACUGAAAUAAAUAAUGUAAGAC